AUGAUUAUUGGAUGGUUAUCAUUAUUAAUAAUAACUAGUAUUAUAUCGUUUAAUAAUGCUAAUCCAACAAAUUAUACUAUUGAACCACGUCAUAUACCAGUACGAUUUUUUAAACCUAUCAUUGCACCAAGUCUAGCAAGCCGGUGCUAUGGAUGUCUUGUACCGUCAUCUGACUGUACAGUACCUUGUUCGAGUCCUCAGCGUUGUUUUAUACGUGGACGAACACCAUUCAAUAAAGUUACCGAUCGUCGUUGUACUGACGAACGAUGGGUACGUGAUUUGCUCGUCGAUGGUUGUCUAACAUACAAUGGUCUUUAUUGGUGUAUGUGCUCAACUGAUUUAUGUAAUACCGGUGAUUUUAAUUCUAUUCGUGGUUUUGAUGAUUGUUCAAAUAAUCCUUGCCCAUCGGGUACUAUAUGUCUUGAUACAAAAGAUGGAUUCAGUUGUAUUUGUCCACCGUGGCAAGAAGAUUGUACUUAUGCUUUUACUGUUGGCUGUACAUGUAAGAAUGGUGGUCGAUGUAUGAUGGGUCUUGGAACAUACAUUUGUGAAUGCCCAUUUGGUUAUACUGGAGUCAAUUGUGAAACAAGAUUUCGUCGACAAAGUUAUUCAUUAUCACCAUCAUCAUCACGAUGUCCGAGUCCAUGUGAACAACGAACAUGUACUUAUCGUCAGUCAGGUCUCGGCUUGGCACCAUCGAGUUGUACAUGUUUACCACCUAGUCACUAUUCUAACACUAGAAAUCGAGCUCCACCACAACCAUACGUUGCUUGUAAUCCAAACCCUUGUCAACAUGGACAAUCAUGUCAUUCGUUAACACCGUCCAGUUUCUUCUGUAUGUGUCAAAAAGCUUAUAUUGGUCCUCUAUGUGAACGAUCAAAUCCUUGUGCUCAGUAUCCAUGUCCUAGUAGUCAACGAUGUGUUGUUAAUAGUCAAAGAAGGGCUGUUUGUGUGUGUAAUCCACCAUACUGUCCACGUCGUGAUGCUUGUGUACCAAACCCAUGCCAAAACGGAGGCUCAUGUGUUUUUGAUGAACCGACAGGAGCUUUUCGUUGUUAUUGUCCACCAGGAUAUACAGGCCGUACAUGUGAUAUCGGUUCAAAUCCAUGUGCACAGAAUCCAUGCUUAAACAAUGGUAUUUGUAUGCCAAGUGGGACUUCUUAUGUUUGUUCAUGUCAAAAUGGAUUUUCUGGACAACGUUGUGAAAUACGUGAUCCUUGCGCAACAAAUCCAUGUUUGAAUGGUGGUCAAUGCCAUCCGAAUGGAAUGGUAGGCUUCACAUGUAUGUGUAUUCAACCAUAUACAGGACAACGAUGUGAAGAUCGAGAUGCUUGUACUCCGAAUCCUUGUUUGAAUGGCGCAGCAUGCAUUCCGAACGACUUUGGAGGAUUUAGUUGUCAAUGUUUACCUGAAUUCACUGGUCAACGAUGUGAAGAUCGUAAUCCUUGCGCUUCACAACCAUGCAUGAAUCAAGGCACUUGCAUGAGAGAAAAUGGUGGUUUUCGUUGUGUAUGUCCACCAGGAUACUCAGGAAGUCGAUGUGAAAUACAAGACGCAUGUCAAAGUAAUCCAUGCAUGAAUGGUGGUAUAUGUCAACCUAUGAACGGAAAUGGUGGCUUUCAAUGUAUAUGUGCCUCUGGUUUUAGUGGUCUCCAAUGUGAAACUAGAGAUCCAUGUGCAACAAAUCCUUGUUUAAAUGGUGGUCAAUGUUUUCCGACUCAUAAUGGUGGAUUUAUGUGUCAAUGUCCUACUGGAUUUAGUGGUCUACGAUGUGAAGAUCAAAAUCCAUGUGCUCAAAACCCUUGUUUGAAUGGUGGUCAAUGUGUUCCGAAUAGUUUCGGAGGUUUUACAUGUGCCUGUGUUCCUCCCUAUACAGGUCAACGAUGUGAAGAUUCAAAUCCAUGUGCAAGUAACCCGUGUGGUAGCAAUGGGCAAUGUAUUCAAAGUAAUGGUGGCUUUUAUUGUGAAUGUAAUCUCGGAUAUUUUGGAAAUCAAUGCGAGCGCCUUGUUUGCACGCCUAAUCCUUGCACGAAUGAUGGUACAUGUGAACCUCGUCCUAAUGGUGUCUUUCAUUGCAACUGUCCACCUGAUUAUGAAGGACAACGUUGCGAAUUUCGUAAAGUUUGUGAACCCAAUCCAUGUAUCAACGGCGGAACAUGCAGUCCAUAUGGUCUCGAUACAUAUUCUUGCAAUUGUCCAUUUGGUUAUACGGGUAGAAAUUGUGAAAAUCGUGAUCCAUGUAUUCCUAAUCCCUGCCAAAAUAGCGGUCGUUGUCGAUCAAAUAUAGCUGCAGGCACCUAUGUAUGUGAUUGUCCUGCUAAUUUUAUUGGUCAAAAUUGUGAAACAAGUGAUCCUUGUGCAACAAAUCCAUGUUUGAAUGGUGGUCAAUGUGUACCGAAUGGUUAUGGCGGAUUCACAUGCAGAUGUUCAGACCCUUAUACAGGUCAACGUUGUGAAGAUCAUAUCGAUCCAUGUAUUAGUCAGCCGUGUCGAAAUGGAGGUACUUGUCAACCACUCAGCAGUAAUUCGUAUCAAUGUAUCUGUCCAUCUGGUUACUCAGGCUUUGAUUGUUCAAUACGUGAUCCAUGCGCAACAAAUCCUUGUUUGAAUGGUGGUCAAUGUUUUCCGACUAAUAAUGGUGGAUUUAUGUGUCAAUGUCCUAGUGGAUUCAGUGGUCAACGAUGUGAAGAUCGUGAUCCUUGUGCUUUACAACCAUGCAUGAAUCAAGGCACGUGCAUAAGAGAAAAUGGUGGUUUUCGUUGUACAUGUCCACCAGGAUACUCAGGGAAUCUAUGUGAAAUACAAGAUGCAUGUCAAAGUAAUCCAUGCAUGAAUGGUGGUACAUGCCAACCUAUUAAUGGCAAUGGUGGUUAUCGAUGUGUAUGUCCCUCUGAUUUCACAGGUUCACAAUGUGAAACACGAGAUGCAUGUAUACCAAAUCCUUGUCUAAAUAAUGGUGCCUGUAUACCAAAUGGAUAUGGCGGUUUUACAUGUCAAUGUCCUGCAGGUUUUUCUGGUCAACGAUGUGAAGAUCAAGAUAGUUGUGCUGCUCAACCAUGUCAAAAUCGAGGUGUUUGUGUUAGUUCAGAAGAUGGUUCAUAUGUAUGUCAAUGUCGUACAGGCUUUCAAGGACGACAUUGUGAACAAAUUGAUAUAUGUGGAGUGAAAAAUCCAUGUACUUGUGGUACAUGUCAAAAUGAUCCAUCUAAUCCACAAGGUUUUAUUUGUUUCUGUCCACCUGGUUAUUCGGGUAGCCGAUGUGAAACAAUACUCAGCUGUAUGGAUAGCGGAGAGGAAUGUUUGAAUGGAGGUCAAUGUACGCAACGUCCACUUGGUGAUUAUGUUUGUUCAUGUCCUUAUCCUUAUUGUGGUCUUCGUUGUCAAUCUCAACGACCAUACUGUGGUACGAUGAAUACGUAUCCACCACCUGCAACUACAGGAGGUUCUGUUUCUUCAUGUUCUUCAAGCCUAUGUAAUAAUCAUGGUAUAUGUCAAGAAACUGGUCAUGAAAGUGGCAUUCAAUGCUAUUGUUCAACAGGCUGGUCAGGUUCACGAUGUCAAUAUAGCUUAUCAUGUAAGGAUCAGCAAUGUCACAAUGGUGGAGUAUGUCGUGAGAUAGCAGAGAAUAUCAGUGUAUGUCAAUGUUUACCACAGUUUUGGGGAGAACGAUGCGAGCAUGCGUAUGAAUCCGGGUCACAACCAGGUUACGAUGAGCACCAACAACAGAACAAUCAUAACCAGUACCAUAACUCUUAUUCGCCGGCAGCGGACAUAACACAAAGAAGUGCAUCAAAUCCAACAAAAAAACGUAAACAAAUCAGCAAAAAUUAA